CACAGCGGAAGGAGACGUCGUUGCUCCUGCAGGACAAUGUGAGACACCGACACGGAGUUAGCCCCAGACGCAAGUGAUCCAGCCCCGCACAGCCCCGCCGGGAUGGACGCGGGCUCCGCGUAAACACGUACCGCAGCAACACCGUCGAGGCGUCUUUGUAUUUUCACACGCUUUCUGGUGCGCCAGGAUUCGGCUGCACGGCCAUGGGAUCGGGCCGCUGAGCGGAGCGCGGCGGCAGGGCCGAGAGAACUGGGAAGAUGGGUGUCGCGCUGCGGACUCUGUUGUUGUGUAGUUUUUGUUUCGUCGUUCGAGCCGUGCCGCUGCUGCUGUAUGCGAACCGACGGGAUCUGUGUCUGGUGGAUGCGGCGCAUGGAAAGGCCAAUGCCACGGUGGUGGUGGGGGGGCUGGAGGACGCCGCCGCCGUGGACUACGUCUACUCCGAGGGCCUCAUUUACUGGAGCGACGUGAGCGAGGAGGCCAUCAAACGCACCGUCUUCAACCAGUCGGGCGCCAGCUCGGUCCAGACGGUGGUGCCGGGCCUGGCGUCCCCGGAUGGACUCGCCUGCGACUGGUUAGCAAAGAAACUUUACUGGACAGACUCGGAUACUAAUCGGAUUGAGGUGUCGGAGCUGGAUGGGACUCUGAGGAAGGUUCUGUUUUGGCAGGAGCUGGACCAGCCGAGAGCCAUCGCUCUGGAUCCAGAACGAGGGUACAUGUACUGGACAGACUGGGGCGAGGUGCCAAAGAUCGAGAGGGCGGGAAUGGAUGGCACCAAUCGAUCGAUGAUCAUCGACAAAGACAUUUAUUGGCCCAACGGUCUGACGCUGGACUACAGCCAGGAGAAACUGUACUGGGCCGACGCCAAACACAACUUCAUCCACCGAUCCAGCCUGGACGGCUCGUCCAGGGAGGUGGUGGUGAAGGGCGAGCUGCCUCACCCGUUCGCCCUCACGCUGUAUGAGGACACGCUCUUCUGGACCGACUGGAACACGCACUCCAUUCACUCGUGUCGCAAGCAGAACGGUGGCGAGCAGCGUGUCGUCCACGCCGACAUCUUCUCGCCCAUGGACAUCCACGUCUUCAGCGCCAAGAGACAACCUGCCUUGAAUAGUCCGUGCUCGCUGAACAACGGCGGAUGUUCCCACCUCUGCCUCCUGUCGCCGAACAAGCCUCACUAUCAGUGCGCAUGUCCCACCGGAGUCCAGCUGCUGGAGGACGGGAAGACCUGCAGAGACGGUGCGACUCAGGUGUUGCUGCUGGCCCGACGGACCGACCUGCGGCGGAUCUCCCUGGACAUGCCGGACUUCACCGACAUCAUCCUGCAGGUGGACGACAUCCGCCACGCCAUCGCCAUCGACUACGACCCGGUGGACGGACACAUCUACUGGACGGACGACGACGUGAAGGCCAUCCGGCGCUCGCUGCUGGACGGCAGUGACGCCCAGUUCGUGGUCACGUCUCAGGUGAACCACCCGGACGGCAUCGCGGUCGACUGGAUCGCCCGCAACCUGUACUGGACCGACACGGGGACGGACCGCAUCGAGGUGACCCGCCUUAACGGGACCAUGCGCAAGAUCCUGAUCUCGGAAGACCUGGACGAGCCCAGAGCCAUCGUCCUGGACCCUGUGGCCGGGUACAUGUACUGGACGGACUGGGGGGAGCUGCCAAAGAUCGAGCGGGCGGACCUGGACGGACUGGAACGCGUGGUGAUGGUGAACACGUCGCUCGGCUGGCCCAAUGGCCUCGCGCUCGACUACGAGGAGCGCAAAAUCUACUGGGGCGACGCCAAGACGGACAAGAUCGAGGUGAUGGACAUGGACGGCACGGGUCGACGGGUGCUGGUGGAGGACAAACUCCCGCACAUCUUCGGCUUCACGCUGCUCAACGACUACAUCUACUGGACGGACUGGCAGCGGCGCAGCAUCGAGCGUGUCCACAAGCACACGGCGGAGCGGGAGUUCAUCAUCGACCAGCUGCCCGACCUCAUGGGUCUGAAGGCCACCAACGUGCACAAGUACUCUGGUACGAACCCGUGCGCGGAGAACAACGGCGGCUGCAGCCACCUCUGCCUCUACAAGCCUCUGGGCGUCCAGUGCAGCUGCCCCAUCGGCCUGGAGCUCAUCGCCGACAUGCGCACCUGCAUCGUCCCCGAGGCGUUCCUGCUCUUCUCCCGCCACACCGACAUCCGCCGCAUCUCGCUGGAGACCAACAACAACAACGUGGCCAUCCCGCUCACCGGCGUCAAGGAGGCGUCGGCACUGGACUUUGACGUCACCGACAACCGCAUCUACUGGACCGACAUCACCCUGAAGACCAUCAGUCGUGCCUUCAUGAACGGCAGUGCUCUGGAGCAUGUGGUGGAGUUCGGCCUGGAUUACCCAGAAGGCAUGGCGGUAGACUGGCUCGGCAAGAACCUGUACUGGGCUGACACCGGCACUAACCGCAUCGAGGUGGCCAAGCUGGACGGGCAGCACCGGCAAGUCCUGGUCUGGAAGGACCUGGACAGUCCGCGAGCUCUGGCUCUGGAUCCUGCCGAGGGGUACAUGUACUGGACCGAGUGGGGCGGGAAGCCGAAGAUCGACCGGGCAGCAAUGGACGGGACCGGUCGCAUCACGCUGGUCGCAGACGUGGGCCGAGCAAACGGGCUGACCAUCGACUAUGCAGAGCGCCGCCUCUACUGGACCGACCUGGACACGACGCUCAUCGAAUCGUCCAACAUGCUCGGUCAGGAGCGCGAGGUCAUCGCUGACGACCUUCCUCACCCCUUCGGCCUCACCCAGUACCAGGACUACAUCUACUGGACGGACUGGAGCCAGCGCAGCAUCGAGCGCGCCAACAAGACCAGCGGCCAGAACCGCACCGUCAUCCAGGGACACCUGGACUACGUCAUGGACAUCCUGGUGUUCCACUCAUCCCGGCAGGGCGGCUGGAACGCGUGCGCCUCCACCAACGGCCAUUGCUCCCACCUGUGUCUCGCUGUCCCCGUCAACAGCUUUGUGUGCGGCUGCCCCGCCCACUUCUCGCUCAACAACGACAACAAGACGUGCAGCGCUCCGACUUCGUUCCUCCUGUUCAGCCAGAAGACGGCUAUAAACCGCAUGGUCAUCGACGAGCAGCAGAGUCCUGACAUCAUCCUGCCGAUCCACGGCCUGAGGAACGUCCGCGCCAUCGACUACGACCCACUGGACAAACAGCUUUACUGGAUCGACUGCAAGCAGAACGUGAUCCGCCGAGCGCAGGAGGACGGCAACCAGAGCAUGACGGUGGUGGGGAGCGCUCUGGGUGGGCCCAGUCAGGGGCUGCAGCUCUACGACCUUAGCAUCGACAUCUACAACCGAUUCAUCUACUGGACCAGCGAGGUCACCAAUGACAUCAACGUGACGCGCACGGACGGCAGCAGGGUGGGCGUGGUCCUGCGGAACGACCACGACAGGCCGCGUGCCAUCGUGGUCAAUCCGGAGAGAGGAUACAUGUACUUCACCAACCUGCUGGAGCGCUCGCCAAGGAUCGAGCGGGCGGCGCUGGACGGCACCGAGCGCGAGGUUCUGUUCUUCAGCGGCCUGGGGAAACCUGUUGCGCUCGCCAUCGACAACGAGGUGGGGAAGUUGUUCUGGGUGGACUCUGACCUGCGACGCAUCGAGAGCAGCGACCUCUCCGGAGCCAAUCGGAUCGUGAUCGCCGACUCCAACAUCCUGCAGCCGGUCGGGCUCACCGUGUUUGGGAACCACCUGUACUGGAUCGACAAGCAGCUGCAGAUGAUCGAGCGCAUCGACAAGACCACGCGCGAGGGACGGACUAAGAUCCAGGCACGCAUUGGGUACCUGAGUGACAUCCACGCCGUCCACGAGCUUGACAUGAGGGAGUACAGUAAACAUCCGUGUACGUGGGACAACGGCGGCUGCUCCCACAUCUGCAUCGUGAAAGGCGACGGGACGACGCGCUGCUCAUGUCCCGUCCACCUGGUCCUGAUGCAGGACGAGCUCUCCUGUGGAGAGCCGCCCACGUGUUCACCGGAGCAGUUCGCCUGCACGUCCGGCGAGGUCGACUGCAUCCCGCACGCGUGGAGGUGCGACGGUUACGCGGAGUGCGACGACAAAAGCGACGAGGAGAACUGUCCCGUCUGCUCCGAGCUGGAGUUCCAGUGCGACAGCCUGCAGUGCAUCGACCAGAGCCUGCGCUGUAACGGCGACUUCAACUGUCAGGAUCGUUCAGACGAGAGCAAGUGUGAAGGUGUGACAGUGCGAUGUCCUCUGGACCAGUUCACCUGCGCUAACGGUCAGUGCAUCGGCAAACACAAGAAGUGUGACAACAACAUGGACUGCUCCGACAACUCGGACGAACUCGGCUGCUAUCCGACAGAGGAGCCGCCUCCUCCGCCCAACACCACCAUCGGCUCCAUCGUGGCCGUCGUCAUGGCGCUGUUUGUGGUCGGCGCUGUGUACUUCGUGUGUCAGCGCGUCCUGUGUCCGCAGAUGAAGGAUGACGGUGAGACGGUUACCAACGACUUUGUGGUUCACGGGCCGUCAUCUGUGCCGCUGGGAUACGUGCCGCACCCGAGCUCGCUGUCCAGCUCGCUGCCCGGGAUGUCCAGAGGGAAGUCUGUGAUUGGCUCACUCAGCAUCAUGGGCGGGAGCAGUGGGCCGCCGUACGACCGCGCCCAUGUCACGGGGGCGUCGUCCAGCAGCUCGUCGAGUACCAAGGGGACGUACUUCCCACCGAUCCUGAAUCCUCCUCCGUCUCCAGCUACCGUUCGUUCUCAGUACACGCUGGAGUUCGGUUACUCGUCCAACAGUCCGUCCACUCACAGAUCGUACAGCUACCGGCCUUACACCUACCGCCACUUUGCCCCGCCCACCACACCCUGCAGCACUGACGUGUGCGACAGCGACUACACACCAGGACGCAGGGCGCCACUCAAGUCCGGCGGCACUGCCGCUGCCAAGGGCUACACCAGCGACCUCAACUACGACUCGGAGCCUUUCCCACCGCCGCCGACGCCGCGCAGCCAGUACUUGUCGGCGGAGGAGAACUGCGAGAGCUGCCCGCCGUCGCCUUACACCGAGCGCAGUUACUCCCACCACCUCUACCCACCGCCGCCGUCGCCCUGCACAGACUCCUCAUAAGCCGCCGCCCCACUCUCUGCCCCGCCCCUCACUCCACACAGCUCCGCCCCCUCACUGUAAAUAGCAAUUGUGCAUAUAUGAGGCUAAAAACGGGAACGAGAGACUGACAUGACGGAGGAGGAGCCUUGCGGCAGGAGACAAAGGAGAAAUGGAGCUGCGAACAUUUGUACAUUGAAAAGAGAAAAAAAAGCAUAUUUAUAUAUUUUCUAUACAGUGUUUACUGAUGACAUCAUCGAGGUUUGUAUUAAGACAAUUUGUAAAAAAAAAAAUUUUUAAAGGAAAAGAAAAAAAGGUUUUUAUUAAAAUCAUCACAAACAUACGUUGCCUUAAAGGAGGAGGAGCACAAAACGGCACAAGGCAAAAUGUACUACUUAUCUGAUGCCAAAAACAAACGUCACGGCGGCGGCAGAAGAGACGCUCGGCAGCCAUCGUGUCUAUGGUUACAAUGGGAACUGGAUCAGAGAAACAUGGCGAAGCAAAACUGGUCAUUUACACAAAACAAACAUGCUUUGUUGGAUUGUGAGUCUAAAAAAAAAAAGGCACAUAUUUAUUUAGAUCUACAGAAGAGAGGAGCGUUUCUCAGCAACAAACGCUAACCAUGUUAAAUCUACGGAAGCCCAGAAAGGAGCGUUUCUCUGCAACAAACACUAACAAGGUUAAAUCUACGGAAGCCCAGAUGGAGUGUUUCGCUGCAACAAACACUAACAAGGUUAAAUCUACGGAAGCCCAGAAGGAGCGUUUCAGCAACAAACGCUAACCAUGUUAAAUCUAUGGAAUCCCAGAAAGGUGCGUUUCUCUGCAACAAACACUAACAAGGUUAAAUCUAUGGAAGCCCAGAAGGAGCCGCUUUCUGCAACAAACACUAAUGAGGUUAAAUCUACGUGAGCCCAGAAGGAGCGUUUCUCAGCAACAAACGCUAACCAUGUUAAAUCUACGGAAGCCCCGAAAGGAGCGUUUCUCUGCAACAAACACUAACAAGAUUAAAUCUACAG